ACUCCGUGUCGUUUUGCUCCGUGUCGUUUUGCUCCGUGGCUCUGGUGCUUUGACGCUAGCAUUUGUGUUGCUGGUGCUUUGGCUUUAUUUGCUUUUCCUUUAGGUUUAAGGCUUUUGUUAUUUUGUCUUGUGCUAAUUUUUUUCUUUUAUGAGCUGGGGACGGGAGAAGGCAGGCUAGCUGCUGGUGUGAAGUGGUGUGCCUCUGUUCACGAGGGGUGGCGUGCCUCUGUUCACGAGGGGUGGCGUGCCUCUGUUCACGAGGGGUGGCGUGCCUCUGUUCACGAGGGGUGGUGUGGAGUGGUACUACAUUUUACUGGUGUGUGAUUUGGGCUCGUUUGAGUAUUUAAUUUCACGGGCAUUAUUGUAGCCCUGUACCUAGCCUGACUCUCUGUUGGUAAGCCCCCAGCUCCACUUGCUUUUUGUUUUUUUCUCUUUUCUGGCCAUUUUAAAUGAUUUUAAAUUGUUGCAUUGAUAACAUUUUGUCUAUUUAUUGCAUUGGAUAAUUAUCUUGAUGUAAUAAAGAUUUAUAUAUUUUUGUUAUAAAAUAUCCACGCCUCUUUGUCCUUGUUGAGAGAAUUCGAACCUGUGUGUCUUGGUCUUUUCCCGGGUAAUUAAUACCGGUGGCGUAGUCGGUAUUUGCUAUAAGUUCUCUAAGGUUUAUUAAGGGAAAAGUUUAAUAUUUCCUGCAUAGGAAAAAAAACACCACACCACCCCGUCACAUGGGCACGAGUGCAUGUUUGCGUGUGCAUGUUUGCGUGUGCAUGUUUGCGUGUGCAUGUGACUUCUGCUCUUCUAAAACACAGGUAAGGAAAAAAACCCAGACACACUGAGCUCAACUGCACCAUUUUGUGUUCAGAGGUUCAGAAGAAAACGCUAGUUAAGAGAAGAAGCACUCUUCAACAUGAGUUCUGCUGAGCAGCUGGACACCGGAGUGGACACCAGUUUGAUGGAGGUGAAGCGGUCAGACUCACCUGGACCCAGCUGUGUGUCCAUGAAGAGUGACAAGUCGAUGGAUAAAUCAUUAAUGUUCAGAGAUGAAGACAGUUCCACUGGCCUCAGCUGUAUGUCCUGGAAGAGUGACCGGUCAAUGGACGUGACACCUGGAUUCAGUGAUAAAGACAUUUCUUCACCUAUGAGAACUGGACAAAAGAAAUCAAAAAUGUGUUGCAGCGAAAUGGGGUCCAUACUCCAGGAUAUGGAGCACAAAGUCAUCAGGCUAAUAAAGAAUGAGCUGAAGAGGUUAAAGAAGUUACUGAGUGCAGAUUACUCAGCAUGCUCUGACUGGGAGGUGGAGGAUGAUGUGCAAAAUGAGCCCAGUGUUAGAGAUGGUGUGCUGAAGAUCACACUGCAUGUCCUGAAGAACAUGAACCAGUCAGAUCUGGCUAGCACACUGCAGAAGAAGUUGGACCUGGUCUCUGUGGAAAGACUCAAAUCCAAAUUGAAAAAGAAAUACUGCAGGAUUAAUGAAGGAAUCUCACAGCAUGGAAGCUCAGCACUGGCUGAGAUCUAUACCGAGCUCUACAUUACAGAGGGCUGGAAUGGAGACAUCAUUAAUGACCAUGAGGUGAGGCAGAUGGAGGCACCAAAAACUACACUAGCAUCAAAUACAAGAAAGGAGAAAACCAUAAAAUGCAACGACCUCUUCAGAGACAAGUCCAUCAGAUCUGUGCUGACUAAAGGAGUUGCUGGAAUUGGAAAAACAGUCUCUGUGCAUAAAUUUAUUGUGGACUGGGCGGAAGGAAAAGCAAAUCAGGACGUCACCUUCAUGUUUCCACUUCCCUUUAGAGAGCUGAAUCUGAUGAAACAUCAAGAUCUCAGUCUGAUCAAUCUUCUUCAUCAAUUUUUCCCAGAAACAAAAGAACUGAAGUUAUUAAACUAUGAGGCCUAUAAAGUCAUUUUUAUCUUUGAUGGUCUGGAUGAGUGUCGACUUCCUCUGAAUUACAAAAACAACAAGAUUUUGUGUGAUGUGACAGAAGCAGCCUCAGUGGACGUCCUGCUGACGAACCUCAUCAAGGGGAAUCUGCUUCCCUCUGCUCUCCUCUGGAUAACCUCUCGACCAGGAGCAGCCCAUCAGUUACCUUCUGAGCAUGUAGACCUGGUAACAGAUGUACGAGGGUUCAGUGAUCCUCAGAAAGAGGAGUACUUCAGGAAGAGGAUCAGUGAUCAGAGCCUGGCCGAUAAAAUCAUCACACACAUCAAGUCUUCAAGAAGCCUCAAUGUCAUGUGUCAAAUCCCAGUCUUCUGCUGGAUCUCAGCCACUGUUCUAGAGAGAAUGUUGGGUGAAGCAGAGAGUGGAGAGAUCCCCAAGACUCUGACUCAAAUGUUCACAUACUUCCUGAUCUUUCAGAUCAAACACAAGGACCAAAAGUACCAUGAGAAACAUGACCCUGAUCCUCAGCAGACCAGAGAGACUAUCCUGGCACUGGGAAAACUGGCUUUCCAGCAGCUGGAGAAAGGAAACCUGAUCUUCUAUGAGGAAGACCUGAGGGAGUGUGGCAUUGAUGUCAGAGAAGCUACAGUGUACUCAGGCAUAUGCACCCAAAUCUUCAGAGAGGAGUUUGAGCUCCACCUGGGGAAGGUCUUCAGCUUUAUUCAUCUCAGUGUUCAGGAAUAUCUGGCUGCUUUAUAUGAAUUUCUCUCCUUCAUCAACAGAAAUCUAAUGGAACAACAAACCACUGGUCUGUCUGAUCCUUCCAAAAACUCAAACAUGUCUGAUUUCCUCAAAAAUGCAGUGGACAAGGCUUUAGAGAAUAAGACUGGACACCUAGACCUUUUCCUCCGCUUCCUUCUGGGUCUCUCACUGGAGUCCAAUCACACACUCUUACGAAGCCUACUGCCCCAGACAACAAGCAGCUCUCAUGGAAAAGAUCUAACGGUCAGGUAUAUCAAGGAGAAGAUCCACGAGAAUCCCUCUGUAGAAAAAUCCAUCAAUCUCUUCCACUGUCUGAAUGAACUGAACGAUGAUUCUCUAGAGCAGGAAGUCCAAACGUAUCUAAAAAGAGGAGGGCCAUGUCGACUCCGUGGAGCCAGUCUUUCUCCUGCUCAGUGGUCAGCUCUGGUGUUUGUGAUACUAAACUCAGAACAGGAGCUUCAUAAGCUGGAGUUUAACUUGAGUAAAUAUUACCCUUCAGAAGAAUGUCUUUUGAGGCUGCUACAAGUUGUCAAAGCAUCGAAAAAAGUUGUGCUGUAUCACUGUAAUCUUGCACUGGAAAGCUGCAGGGUUCUAUCCUCAGUUCUCAGCUCAAACCUUGAGCUGAAAGAGCUGGACCUAAAUGAAAAUAACCUGCAGAAUUCUGGACUGAAGCUGCUCUGUAAAGGGUUGAAGAAUCCAGGCUGUAAAGCAAGGAAACUCAGGUUAUGUCGCUGUAAUCUCACAGAGGAAAGCUGUACAGUUCUCAGUGCGAACUCCUCCAACCUUAAACUGGUGGACCUGAGGGACAAUAAAGUGAAGGAUUCUGGAGUGAAGAGGCUCUGUGCAGGACUGAAUGAUAAAGAGUGUAAACUGCAGGUACUCCGGCUGUGGGGCUGUAAUCUAACAGAAGAAAGCUGUAGAGUUCUGUCCUCAGUUCUCAGCUCAGAAUUUUCCAGCCUGAAGAAACUGGACCUGAGUCACAAUAAACUGAAGGAUUCAGGAGUGAAGCUGCUCUCUGCUGGGCUGAAGAGUCCAUGCUGUAAACUAGAGAAACUUGGACUGAACAGGUGUAAACUCACAGAGGAAAGCUGUAGUGUCCUGUCCCUAGUUCUCUGCUCAUCUGAUCUCAAAGUGCUGGACCUGAGUCACAAUAAGGUGAAGGAUUCAGGAGUGAAGCUGCUCUCUGCAGGUCUGGAGAGUCCAUGCUGUAAGCUUGAGAACCUUGGUAUGGUCUCAUGCGGUAUUACAGAGGAAGGCUUUGUUGCUCUGGAUUCUGCUCUAAGAUCAAACCGAUCAUCACACCUGAAAGAGCUGUAUCUGGAUGGGAAUGAACCCGGAGACUCAGGAGUGCAGCUGCUUUCUGAACACGUGGAAACCUUGAACUGGAAAAAGCGUAAGUUCUGCCUCGAGGUGAGGAUCGAGUCUUAGUGUAAAAACACACUCACAUGCGGUUUUCAGGACAACAAUGUGAACAGAGCUUCAGCGCAAGGAAGUGACAUCAUUUCCUGAACAAACAACAGAAAAUCUCAGUCCAGGUUAAAUGUUGAUACAUGUUGACAAACUAAUAGCGAGAGAGAGAGAGCGAGCAGUCCUUCUGGUUACAUCUGUAAUUUUCAUACAUAAACAUACAUACAAUAAGUGUGGACUGCAUCACUAAAAGAACAGUCCUUUUUGUUAUACAAACCAUUCGAUAUUUUCGUGUAUCUGAUUUUAGGUAUUUUAAAACAGAAAGCAGAACAUAAUAUUGCAUUGGUCAUGUUUCUGUCCUCACAGCAGGUCAGUUGUGAAUGAUUAUGUGAAUUAAGUGCUGUAAUGCAGAAUCUCUGUUAAUUGUGUUAUUCGAAGACUGUUGAGAAGAAAACGCUCAGCUCAGAUCUACUGCCAUCUAGUGGUUUAACUUUUGCAGUUCACUAAUCGGAGUGUCACCAGCUGGAUGGUCAGAUGCGUGUGCGUCUCUUACCUGGGGAACACAUGGCACCAGGAUGCACUAUGGGAAGAAGGUGAGCCAGCGGAGGCAGUGUCAUGGUUUGGUCAAUGUUCUGCUGGGAAACCUUGGGUCCUGCCAUCCAUGUGGAUGUUCCUUUGACACGUACCACCUACCUAAACAUUGUCACAGACCAUCUACACCCUUUCAUGGAAACGGUAUUCCCUGAUGGCUGUGGUCUCUUUCAGCAGGAUAAUGCACCGUGAUACAAAGCAGAAAUGGUUCAGGAAUGGUUUGAUGACCACUACAACCAGUCUGAGGUGUUGACUCCGCCUCCAAAUUCCCCAGAUCUCAAUCCAGUCCAGCAUCUAUGGGAUGUUCUGGACAAACAAGUCCGAUCCAUGGAGGCCCCACCACACAACUUACAGGACUUAAAGGAUCUGCUACUAACAUCUUGGUGCCAGAUCCCACAGCACACCUUCAGGGAUCUAGUGGAGUCCAGGCCUCAAUGGGUCAGGGCUGUUUUGGAAGCAAAACAAUAUUAGACAGGUGGUCAUAAUGUUAUGGCUUAUCAGUGUAGUGUGUAUGUAUAAAAUGUGUAUUAUAAUUUAUUUUAGAGGAAUUUUAUCUGGCUGUAGUAGCUGAUAAUAUAUUUUUGUAAUAUAUUUGAAAUAUUCAUUAAAAUCUCUGUAGUCUCUGUUCAUGCAUUAAUGAUACCAUUAAACAGCUUUGAAUCUGUUUCUUGUAUUGUUGGAGAUUGACAGAACAGCUUGGAGUUGCAUUAUGGCUUUCUAAGAGGUGCUGGUGAGGGAACAACCAUAUAUAAUUUUAAAUGCAAAACAAAAGUAAAAUGUCUUAAUUUAAUAAACUAAUACUUGGGGAUGUGCUGCUAAUCAACGUUAGGAUGCUAACAGUUACUCUCCUCUUGAUGCUCUAUUCCGUCACUCACGAUUUUACUAUAUCAGAAACACUUUUUUUUUAACUUAGUUGCCUGCUGCUUGGAGUGAGCGUUGAUCCACUUUAACGUUACCUGUAUGAGAGACGGUUUACUUUACAAGACAACUUUAAAAAGCAAUCCUGAGAAACAGUGCAGUCAAUUUGUGAUUACUGCAUUCCAGAGAAAUUGUUUUUUAUGACUGCCAUAGUUACGACUUCUGACAACAUGCGCUGAAGCAAUAAACCUGGAGACAUCAGGUGUUAUCUUUACAGCAGUGUGUGUGGGCUGAGAGUCAUCACGUUCUCAUAUCGGUGAAGAACUGAACUGUCCACAGUGCAGUAAGAGACAGUGGGUGGAGGCAAAAAGGCUAAAGGGGACAAUAAUAAAAUAAUGUGCGGCCUGUAGAUAUGACUGGAAUGCUAAAUAAUGGCAGGUAUGGUGGAAGG